CUUUCGUUACGAGACACCCAACCGCGGACCUGCAUUCGGCACAGCCUUGGGGUCACGAUGAACGAUCGUUCGACUCUGCUCAGGCCGCCCCCUGAAGACCCCAAUAAGGCACAGAUUGAGAAUGCAUUGGAGGUGACCGAGCUGGCCGUAUUGGGUCCUGUAAGUAAUUCAAGCGUACCAUCCCAUGUUUGCAUCUCAAGGUGCAUCACAUCAUGUAUCGCGUCAUGCGUAAGGAACCGUUGCCGGUCCGUGUAUGAAGGGUGCAUGGGUGCUGUAGCAACAACUUAGCCACAUCCCCCAUUCCCCCUUCCGCCCCGCAACCGCAACCACCUGAAACCCCCCCUCAAGGACCACAAAGUAACACCCCCCUCCUUCCAACAGAACAUCUUCACCAACACCCGCCAACCGUGGCACCCGCCGGGCGCGCGCGGCAUCUACGGCGGCGCGGUGAUCGCCAUGUGCCUGGCCGCGGCGCAGCGGACGCUGGCGCCCGACUUCCUGGUGCACUCGUGCCACUGCUACUUCUUGCUGGCCGGCUCGUCCGAGCUGCCCAUCCUGUUCCACGUCGAGCAGGUGCGCGACGGGCGCUCCUUCGCCACCCGCACCGUGCAGGCCCGCCAGCGCGGUCGCUGCAUUUUCACCACCACCAUCUCCUUCGUGCGCGACUCGUCCGCGGCGGCGGCGGCGGACGAGGCGGGCGAGGAGGGGGAGGGGAAGGGGAAUGAGAAGAAGAAGAAGACCGUCGAGGUCAGCCACGCGAGCGAGAUCCCGCGCGGCGCCGACGGCCAGCCGUUGCGGCCGCCGCCGGACGACUACGCGGGCGAGCCGGAGCUGAUCUCGCAGGGCCCCUUCCAGGGCGCGCGGAUCGAGGUGGUGGACGUGGGCGGGGCCGACAAGCCCGGGGAGAAGGUGACGCGGCAGUGGGUGCGGGCGCGCGGGACGAUCGCGGGCGGGCAGGCGGCGCAGCUCGCGGCGCUCGCCUACGUGUCGGACAGCUACUUCAUCGGCACCAUCUCGCGCAUCCACAAGCUGUGGCGCUUCCCCUUCCGGGCCGAGGACUUCGACCAGCUGCCCGACGACCUGCGCGCCAAGGUCAAGACCCUGCACUACUGGGAGGGCCUGGGCGACGACCCGCGCGACAUGGUCGGUCGGCCGUCCAUCGGCAUGAUGGUCAGCCUCGACCACACCAUCUAUUUCCAUGAGCCGACCAAGGUGCGCGCUGAUGACUGGAUGCUCACCGAGAUGCAGAGCCCGUGGGCCGGCGACGGGAGGGGCGUGGUGAUGCAGAAGAUCUUUAGCAAGGACGGCACGUUGCUGGCGACUUGCGUACAGGAGGGCCUUGUCCGUCUUCAGCAGCCCACGCCCGAGGGGAAGGAGUCAAAGCUAUAGAUUAACGCACACGCGGCUAUUUUCUUUUUGUAGAUCUGUUUAUAAUUUCUGGGAGCUCUGUUCUGAUAGAUUUGUGGCAUAUUGUACCAUCGUCUGUUGGGUCACUAAUAUAAAGUUAACGACUUGAAAAAUUCUUCGAGUCAAAAUAGUAUGAAGACGGAAAGAGAGUAAGAGUGGUCGCAUGUCCCGAUAAUAAUCGUGGAUAUAAAGCAAGUCAAUUGUUAUGCAUCCUC